AUGGUGUCCGGGGUGCAGCCGUGCUUCCAGCUGCUCCGGAUCGGUGCGUCGACGGGCGACUCGGCCCGGGACCUGUACACGUUCAGGCCGGCCCUGAGCCACUCGGUGUUCCGUCUGGGCCGGGCGGCGGAGCUGUGUGACGUCACGCUGGACUCCACGUCGGUGUCACGCAUCCACGCCGAGCUGCACGCAGAGAGGGAGGCGGGCGGAGGGGCCGCGGCGCCGCAGGAGGAGGGCUGGAGGGUCCACAUCAAGGACAGGAGCAGUCAUGGCACCUGGGUCAACGAGGUGCGCCUCCAGUCUGGUGUCCAAUGGGAGCUCUCAGAUGGCGACACGCUGACCUUCGGUGGCGAGUCGGCUCCGGGGAGCCCCGAGUUCUACUUCCUCUUCCAGAAGGUCAAAGUUCGCCCGCUGGACUUCGAUGCCAUCACAAUCCCGAAGGCAGGAACCUUUUCCUCUGACUUGCAGAACCGGAUCCGAACGAACCAGGACCGCAAGGUGGAGGCCAACCUGGACCUGUCCAAGCUGUCAAUCAACCGGGCCACCGUCAUCCUCAACUCCAUCGGCAGCCUCAGUAAGAUGAGCGGCAGCGCCUGGACCUUUAAGAGAAGCUACAGCCACGAGGGAGCUGUUUCAGACCCAGGCUCCUCCUCCUCCACACCUCCGCUCGCCGUUAGCUUCUCCGCCCUGCUCCCUCCCUCCACCCCUCCAUCGUUCUCCUCUGCAGCUUCAGUGCCUUCAACAAAGUCCGUCCAGCCGACCUCCAGGAGCAGGAGGAAGUCGGCUCACACGGUGCUCCUCGAGGACGACAGCUCAGAUGAGCCCAGGAGUCGAGGAGUUCUGACGGGAGUUAAGGAGGACGGACAGAAACCAAAAGGGAAGAAGAGGCGGCGGCUCUACAAGUCGGAGUCGGAAGGUUUCAGCUCAGUUCCUCCUCUGCCGCUGCAGCCCAAGAGCCACAACGACGUCCGGAGGCCCCUGGAGGCCAAGCCCUUCCCUGUGGGCAUCAGGACCAUUGGCAGUUUCCACGGCGCCAUGACGAACAGCCGACUCAACCACCACCUCCUUCAGGCGUCGUUCACCAACGCCGCGGUUCACAAACAGGACGUGCAGACGAUGCACCGCAUCAAGACGGUGGUGCAGGGAAACAUCGGCGCUUUCCGCCAACAGAAACCCGCCCACAGCUCGCCGGCGGCGCAGAGGGGCCGGCGGAGGGCCCACAGCUCUCCGGUUUUCUCUCCCCUGGUGGUGGGAGGGGAGAACUACAGCCUGGCUUCGCCCUCAGUGAGGAUCCACACGGAGGAAAGAGGAAGAGUCCCGUUCAACAGGUUUAACCAUCUAACUAGCAAGCGACGAGGCCGCCCCAGAAAAAACCCUCUUCCUCCGCGGCCCUCCCUGCCCUCUCCAUCCUCCUCAUCCUCCUCUUCCACCUCCUCAGCCUCGUCCUCCUCCUCUGGCUCCUCCUCUUCCUCCUCAGAAGAUGAGGAUGAUGAGGACGACGAAGAGACAACAGUCGGGACAGUGGAGCCGUGUGCGGCGCCGCGGUGCCGGCUGCCCCAGCAGGACACGGUGCAGUGGAUCCAGUGUGACGUGUGCGACGCCUGGUUCCACAUAGACUGUCUGCAUGUCGACCGCAAGAAGCUGCUUGUGGACCCGACCGCUGACUUCCACUGCGGCUGCCGCUGACUGGACAGAGCUGUGACCAUGAAAUGAAAUAAAUGCUCCAGUUUAGACUUUAUAAGUUUCCACAUAUUCCCCUAAAUGUUUAAUUCCUUCAAACUCACACGGAAACAGGCUCCUACUUCCUGUGAUGGCCCAGGCGGCUCUUCUAUCUUCACCCUCGUCAGCAGCUGGUGGGGGGGGAUAAUACUUCCCUUCAGACUUUUAGGCCUCGAUCUUUCCAGGUUGGAGGAUUCGUGUCCUGACAGUCAAACGAGUGCUUCCACAAACCUGCUGUUGAGUCAGUUUCAGGGUUCAGAUUUAGAGGCAGGAGGCAGAACUGUGAUGAAAUGUCUCGGGUCAGAUUUCAUUAUGGCCUCGUCUGCCUGGAGAGUUCUGAUCAGGGUGG